AUGGAGGCCAGGAGAGCGCUACAAGCUAGUCUAACUUUGUUAAUCCUUGUCACCAGCAGCUAUGGAGGACAUUUAAAAUCAGGGCCCACUCUGAAAAUGGACCAGGCUUUGUUAACAUUUCAUAACCAGCUGACAGAAGAAGUGCAGGUCUUCUACACGUCAGAUUACUGCUACAAGUGUGUGUACCAGCAUUUAGUCACUGUGAAGCCCGACAACAAUGCAUCUGAGGUGAUCAGCACUAAAUUCACUCUGAGUUUGCAAGUGACCAGGACCAGGAAUGCAACUCAUUGCGGGUGGAGUCGGGCAUAUGAAGAAGGCGGUCAUUACACUGUUUGGAUCCAGAUGUCAGGGGGCGCCAGCAACCCCAGCUGCACUGAAGCUGUGGGUAAAGAACCAAACAAUACAUACCUGCCUCUUCUUGUGGCAGUCCUCGUAAUGGCUAUCAUCGCUCUCUUAUUUGUGUUGGUACCCUACAUCUACAGGUGGCGUUGUACAUCAAAAUGUAUUAAGACCAUUUGCUGCCAAGGCCCACAGUACUCAGUGGAUAAUGACAUAAGCUGUGAAGCUGAGCACAGCACCACUAAAGCUAAAUCAACACGUCUGCGCUCACUGGACACUUUCCGAGGGUUUUCCCUGACAGUGAUGGUGUUUGUGAACUAUGGUGGAGGAGGCUACUGGUUCUUUCAACAUGCACCAUGGAAUGGCCUAACUGUGGCAGAUCUUGUCAUGCCGUGGUUUGUGUUUAUUAUUGGGACAUCAGUGGUGUUGGCUUUCAGAUCCAUGCAGAGGAGAGGAGUUACCCGCCUGCAGCUGCUGCGCAAAAUCUCCUGGAGAACAGUCGUCCUCCUGAUGCUCGGCUUCUGCUUCCUCAACUACUCUCCAAGAGACGGACCAUUGUCCUGGUCCUGGCUGAGGAUCCCUGGAGUGCUCCAGCGUCUGGGCUUCACCUACUUUGUUCUGUCCCUCCUGCAGACUUUCUGGGGCCAGAAAGAAAUCCCAGUGAGAGCGACUCACUGGUGGAACCCCGUCCAGGAUGUGGUCCUUUAUUGGCCCCAGUGGCUGAUUAUCAUCCUGCUGGAGACUCUGUGGCUCUGCAUCACGUUCCUCAUGCCUGUACCCAACUGCCCCACAGGGUAUUUGGGAGCUGGUGGAAUCGGUGAUAACGGUCUUUACCCAAACUGCACUGGAGGCGCAGCAGGAUACGUUGAUAGAUGGAUGUUUGGUGAUAAUAUGUUCAGAUACCCCACAUGCAGAGAAAUGUAUCGCACUACGCAGCCCUUUGACCCAGAGGGGCUUCUGGGUACAAUCAACUCGGUUGUCAUGGGAUUCCUGGGGAUGCAGGCUGGGAAAAUCAUCAUUUACUACAAGGGGAUGAACAUCCACAUCCUCUGUCGAUUCCUAGUGUGGGCCGCCAUCCUGGGAAUCUCUGCAGCCAUCCUUUCUAAGUGCACGCGAGACGGAGGAUUUAUACCUGUCAAUAAAAACCUUUGGUCUCUGUCCUAUGUGACGUGCAUGGGCUGUUUCUCCUUCCUGCUGCUGGGAGCCAUGUAUUUUAUCAGUGAUGUUAAGGGCUGGUGGGGCGGACAGCCAUUCAUAUAUCCAGGGAUGAACUCCAUCUUUGUAUAUGUCGGCCACUCUCUCCUGGGUUUCUACUUCCCCUUCAGCUGGGAGAUGCGCUCCCAGUCCAGCCACUGGGAGUGGCUCUUCCAAAGCCUGUGGGCUACUGCACUGUGGGUGCUCAUCGCUUACCUGCUGUACAGGAAGAAGUUCUUCCUCAAGAUAUAAACCAGGAUGAUCAUAUUUUUCCUUCUGUAGAUGCCAUUGUUUUAUUCUCAUUUCUAAACAAACACUUUUUAUAUAUAGAUUACUAUAACAUCUGUUGGGAAAGAUCUGACCUACUGCUCUUGGCUUUAUCAUUUCAGUUUACUUUUCAGUGAUGUGAAACCUACCCACGUACAUUUGAAUGAAUUGUGCUGAUGCUAAAGUCAUCUGAUAAAGCAAGCAGCACAAAGGAUGUGCUGAAAGUAUUUAUGAAACACAAGCUACAAAACAUGACAAUGUUUAUCCAUGAAAGGCGUUAAAUCAACACCCAGAAGACGUCUGAUCCACUGUCCGUGUGGGCAGCGAGGAUUUAUUUCAUGCCACUUGUUUUGUGCUCUGAAUAGACUGAUUAAAUCAAAUAUACUGAGGUGGUACUUAACAAAUUAGGCCGAGUGAUUCCACUACACACCAGGCCAGCCAUUAUGAGUCUGUUGCCAUGGCCACUCCUUCUCCUUCUGUGUGUGUGUGUGUGUGUGUGUGUGUGUGUGUGUGUGUGUGCAGAUACCAUCUGCUGUCCGAGUGACAGUACUUUAAUAGGGGUCAAGAUGCACGGCUCACAAAGGAGUGUCAUUAAUGGGACCGACACCUCUUGCACUCAUUGUAUUAGAAAAUCAGUGAAAUUACACAAAUCCAAUUCAUCAGAGAAGAACGACGAGCCUCUCAAAGAGCCUUUUUUACAUUUUACAUAUUUAAAGCUACUCAGAAACAGGCUUUGUUCCUACACUUGGGUGAUCAUAUCGCUACAUGUUUGACAGUCCGGUUGAGUGAUUUAUUGAUAUUUUUGUAGCAUGUAUACAUGACAGUAUUGAACACAAACACAUGAGUGUGCCCUGGGCAUUAGGUCAGGUGGUGUGUACAUCAUGAAAUGACCAUCUAGUUAAUGAAAUGAAAUCAUGCUCUUCCUCCACAGUGAAAUCUUAUUACACACUGCUCAGUAACCGUAAUAACAUAACUCAUA